CUGAUAUCUCUCUUCCAGUUCAAUUUGAGAACGUAAAAUUUAUUUAGUCUCUCCGGAGUCUUUUUUCUGUCACAAUUUUCUGUCAUAAUAAACACAAAUCUCUGCAAAAUGAGCUCUGGAAUGCCAGAAGAUUGUGUACCAAUGGAUGUUCUGGAUCAAAUUCGGCUUCACCUGCUCGGCGAAUCGAACGGCUCGGAUCGCAGCCAGGAUGGAGAAUUCUACACUGGAUCCCCUGCUGAGUCCUGCUUGACGGAAAAUUCUCCGUCAACUGACGCCGAUUUAAAUUUCAAAGACACGGCCUCCUGUGGCGGUAGCUGCGAGGACGAGAAGUUCAUUGAGAGUGCUCUGGUCGGCGAUUUCGAGGAGGAAAGCUGGCAGACGGAAAAUACAGCAACAAAUAACAGACUCUUCGCAACUGCAGCAACAUUUAACAGAAAUUUUCCCCGUCCGACGCUUUCCGUCAUCGUUCCACGCAAUGAAUGCUUUGCCUGGGAGAGAAAACAAGUUGCCUUCAAUUCUCCGUCUGUCAGCCGGUGUCUUUCAGGCGAGUGGGGAAAACUUCCGUUAGAUGAGAAUGAUUCAGAAGAUAUGGUCUUAUACGGCGUCCUGAAAGAAGCUACACAGAAAGGAUGGACGCCUGUGACGCCUAAAGAAUCGACACCUGUCAGUUGCAUCGAAAAGCCUAAGGUUUUCCAGAAGGCUUCAGAGGUGAAAAGAACCGGGAGACAUUACAGAGGCGUCAGGCAGCGGCCAUGGGGGAAAUUUGCGGCAGAAAUCAGAGAUUCUGCUCGUCAGGGGGCUAGAGUUUGGCUCGGAACCUUCGAUACAGCGGAAGAUGCUGCCCUGGCAUAUGACCGUGCCGCUUACGAGAUGAGGGGCGCUAGGGCUCUGCUGAAUUUUCCACUCCACGUGGUGUCCAAGUCAAUGGAUAACAGUGACAAUAAUGGGGGUCGGAAAAGGGUUAGUAAUGGGGAAGGGGUUAGGAGUAGGGGUGAUGAGAAAAGAUUCUGUGGUGUCAAAGUAGAGGACCCCAUUGUGGUGGAUGCCUCAGCUUGCACUCUUGCCAGCUGUUCACAAUUGUCUGUGAAUUAAAAGGUGUAUUGAUGUUGUUGUAUAUUGUAAUUGAUUCAAUUCAAUGAUGUGUUCAACUAA